GUCACUCACGUAACACUAACCGACGAGAAAAACAAGGUGCAUGGAUAUAAAAUGUGAAUGUUUCGACGCAAAUAUUUAAUUUAGUUUUGAUCAAAUAUCUACAAAAUGUACUCCAGAUUAAGUUUAUGUAGCUGUACCGGUGCCUCUGGUAUAUUCUGCAGAUAUUUGAGCUCUGCAGAAAUCUCUACAGCUCUGCGACCGUUCUACUUCAGCGUACAUCCUGACCUUUUCGGAAAAUAUCCAGAACAAAGAAAAGUUAAUGAGAAUUCAUUGCAGCAAUUGAGUGCUCUGCUGGAGGCACAACAAGCCAGCCGCAGAUUAGCUGUACCUCCUUUAUCUUUCUAUCUAAGGCAGAAAGAUAUGCCUGAAGGUGAAUUCAAAUUGGUGAAAAUACAGUUAAAUGGACACAAUGCCCGGGACACUGUAGUCAAAGUAUUAAAUGCAUGUGAUAUGUCAACAAAUUAUAUAGACAAAAUACCAAGAAUUAAAAAAGAACCCGAUUUAAGUUUCAGCAAAGCAGCCGCAGACUUUAAUAAGGCAUACCAAGAAUUUUCUGAAAACUUUAAUAAUGCCACUCGAAUCAAGAGAAAAGUUGAAGAAAGGAAGGCUUAUAUUGAUAAUAUUGUGAACUGGAUUACUGAUAACAGUGUUUCGGCAAGAGAAAAGUAUAAAUCGACAAGUGCAACGAGAGAUCAAGUGCAGAGUUUGAUAGACCACCUAGUCAAUACUUAUGGUAUUAAACAAGUCAAAUAUGAUAACGGAUGGAACAUAAGUCAUAUCAGAGGGGCGCUGCAAAGCCUCGUGUCGUUAGCCUGUCAGCACACGAGUGUAAUGUCUAAUUUGGAAGGCCGAAAUCUAGCACUGGGAGCAUUCACAGGGGUCAGUUUAGAUGGCGAUGUAUAUCUUAAUAUAAUUGAUGUCAGAAACGAAUGGCUAUCUCUAAUAAAGAAAGUAAGCCAAGAAGACAGUGCACUUGCUUCAAUACCUAAUUAUGAAGAAACCUUAUCCGGUAUUCUCAGAGAUAUACAUAUACGUAGAAGAAAAUUUAUGCCGAAAGUGUCGGCCUCCCAAUACUGCAAUCAUCUGAGACAACUAAUUACGUCUAUCGGAGAUUAUUACGGGCGCGGAUACAAGUUUCCGGACUCGGUGCCAGAAUCACUCAGUAAAUAUGAAAUUGUUGUCGAACCCGAAGCAGGCCCCCUAAUGGUGUCACCGACCGGUCAGUUUAUAACACCUUCGUCGUGUCCUGCAGGAGAGCUCAUAGCGUUCAUCGGCAAGCACAUAGACCAGGCCACAAUGCUCAUGACGGAAUACAGCAUAAAUAAACAUAUCGAGAAAGCCCUUUAUAAUGAAGUGAAGGAAAGAUUCGGUCUCCUCGAGUUGCAUAAAGAUGACAGCAUCACGCCGGGGCUCAUGAUACUGUGUUGCCAGAGAUUACUCACGAGAAUCGAUAAACUGCAUUCAAAAUUACAAGGGAAUAUCCUGUACAUCACUCACUAUUAUUCAGUUUUAUCUGAUGGUGUGAUGUGUAUACCCUGGAAUUUUAAGUAGGAAAUAGAAAAAAAUACACGGGAUGUGCCUUACAUCCAAAUGGGGAUGGCAUAGACAAUAACUAGGUUUUUGAAGCACAUUUGUACUGUGGACAAACUAUCCUCUUUAGGGUUCAAGGACGCAAUGGGCAAGAGUAAAGUUUUUAAUAUUUUGUAAGAUAUUUAAAUAGUUGUUGUGAAACAUGUUUUAGUUUAGAAAUGCUUGCAAAUUAAAAAAUAACAAAACUGCAAGGUUUUCAUAAGCAUUUUGUAAGUAGGGUGUAACAAAAAGGGUAUCUUCCAUUUUGUAUGAGACCAAAAUGUUUUCUAAAUAUUUUAACCAUGAGAGAAGAAUUCCAUCAGCCGUGCGUGGACUAUCAGUCUUUGCGAGACAGUUAGCUUUGUCUUUCCCGUAAGGGAUAUAAAGACGUGAUUAGUAUGUAUGUAGAUAGUUUCCCUUUGCUGUCGUAUUUGGUACAUCGGUGGUGUUCAAUAAAACAUACAUUUCUGCUUACCGAUUACUUUAUUAUU